AUGUCCACCUCCCUCUCUCGCGUCAAGUCUCUCCUCUUCCCGCCAGUGACGAGCAAAACCAUCUUCCUCUACGCGUUCGUCGUUCGCCUCGCACUCGUACUCUUCGGGCGAGUCCAAGACGCGCACCCGGCGUUCUUCUCUGGCGUUCGGUACACGGAUGUCGAUUACGACGUGUUUACGGAUGCCGCGAGAUACGUGUGCAACAACCAAUCGCCGUACGAAAGAAACACGUACAGGUACACGCCUUUACUCGCGUGGAUGUUGACACCGAACGUGUUCUGGUUCGCAGAGUUUGGGAAGGUUUUGUUCAGUCUGUGCGACGUGUACUGCGGGAAACUGGUGCACGAAAUCUUGCGAAAACGAAAAUGUUCGGAGAGUUUUACCAUUCAAAUGACCGCGCUGUAUCUGUUUAAUCCUCUGACGAUGGCGAUUAGCACGAGAGGGUCGUGCGACGCCGUCGCGAACGCUUUAGUGUUGUUCUCGUUGAAGAGUUUGAUGUUUGGGACGAUAUUGAAUUCCGCGGUGAGUUUUGGGUUGGCGGUACAUUUUCGGAUGUAUCCUGUUAUAUACAUUGUGCCUCUGAUUGUGGCUCUGGACGUACAGUAUCACGUGAAUUGGAACUAUUACGGCGGAGGAAGUGGAGCGAAGUUGGAGAGAAGCGGGUGUAAGAGUAAAAGAGAAAGAUUGCCGUCGUCCGGAGUAGGAGAUGAUCAAGAGCUACAGCAGCAGCAACAGCAACAACAAAAUAAAGUAGCAGCAAAAAACAAUAGCGAUCGCCAAUCGAUGGCGAUAGAAACAAAAGAAACCAGACGACUGCGAAGAGCGCGCGCGUUAGCUUCGAAAAGUGCAUUCGGCGCCAACGGAUUGUUCAACAUCGCUCGACUCUUGUUUGCGGGCAUCUCCUUCACCGCUUUCGCGUUCUCAACGUUCGCGUGCUACUGGAAAUACGGCCAAGCAUACCUGAACGAGGCCAUCUUGUACCACUUCUCUCGAAAAGAUCCGAGACACAACUUUGCGCCGAACUUCUUCAGCGUUUACCUGGACACCGCCAUCGAAGACGCCGAAUCCGAUUUCGGCGCCUACAUCCUCUCCAGAUCUCUCACCAAAGCGUACGCCUUGGCGAGCAAAAUCACCCAAUACGGCUUAACCGUCCUCAUCGGCAUCGCGUUCGCGUACGACCUUCCUUUCGCGAUGUUCGCGCAAACCUUCGCGUUCGUCGCGUUCAACUCGGUGAUCACCUCGCAAUACUUCGCCUGGUGGUGCGCUUUACUCCCGAUCAGCCUCGCCACCUUCGACUACUCCAACCGCGACUCCGCCGCGCGCGUCAUGAGCGCAACGAUCACUUGGAUCGUCAGCAAACUCGUCUGGUUAAAAAAUGCGCACGCUUUGGAAAUGUCGGGCGAAGAAAACGGCCACUUCAACGCAUGGGCGGCGAGUUGCGGCUUCCUCUUCGCCAGCGCGAACGCGUUGCGCGCUCUCGUAUCAGAGCAGAGAACGAAGCGAGUCUUCGUCAGAGGAAAAGUAUACACGUUGGAGAAAGAACCACGAGUAGGAGGAGGAGAAGAUCAUCAUCAUCACGACCACCAAUCCUUCAACGCGGGUUUUGGUGGUACCACCGCUCCAGAAGGUAGUAUUUAUACGUAG